CCGAAACGAUAACCAGAGUCACAUUCAGCCAGAAAUCAGAGUGGCGUGUUGUUUUCUCUUUGUGUUCUGAGCAUUUUUGUAAUUUAACUGGCAUAAUGACCGGCGGAAUACUUGCGGGCAAGGUGGCCUUGGUCACAGGUGCUGGAUCUGGCAUAGGGCGUGCCACCUGCCGUCUGCUGGCGCGCGAUGGAGCCAAGGUAAUUGCCGCCGAUCGCAACUUGGAGUCGGCCAAGGAGACGGCCCAGGAGCUGGGCGCGGAGCGUUCCGCUGCCCUGCAGGUGGAUGUCUCCUCGGCGACGAGUGUGCAGGCAGCCGUGGCGGAGGCGCUGCUAAAGUUCAAGCAGGCACCCAGCAUUGUGGUCAACUCAGCGGGCAUAACGCGCGACGGCUACCUGCUGAAGAUGCCCGAGCGGGACUUCGACGAAGUGUACAGCGUCAACCUGAAGGGCACGUAUCUGGUGACGCAGUACUUUGCCAAGGCGAUGAUCGAGCAGCAGCUGCAGGGCGGCAGCAUUGUCAAUCUCUCGAGCAUUGUGGCGCGCAUGAACAACAUGGGACAGGCGAACUAUGCGGCCACCAAGGCCGGUGUGAUCUCCUUCACGGAGGUGGCCGCCAACGAGUUCGGCAAGUUCGGCAUUCGCGUCAACUGCAUUCUGCCCGGCUACAUUGACACGCCCAUGGUGGCCGUGGUGCCGGAGGCCGUCAGGCAGCAGGUGGUGCAGCGCUGUCCAGUCGGCCGCCUGGGCAAGCCCGAGGAGAUCGCCGAGGUGAUUGCCUUCCUCGCCUCCCACAAGGCGGCCUAUGUGAAUGGCGCUGCCAUUGAGGUCACUGGCGGCCUCAAGUGAUCCCUUCCAGCUGGGCAGCUGGCGAGGCGUAGAGCUAGAAUUUUGCAUUUACAAAUUGAAUAGAACUGACCUUGUGAUGAUCUAA